AUGCUCCGGUUAGCUUCCGACUCUCAUACACUGUUUCAUAUACCAGCACUCGUGGCAAGGCUCGGAGGCACCUGCUGGUGGUGUGGGUGUCCCAAGUAUCUGGUGUGUAAAAGGAAGCUCGAAAGUAAAAAGGAGGCAUUGCUAAUCCUUUCCAAAGAGCUGGACACCUGUCAACAAGAAAGAGACCAGUACAAGCUUAUGGCCAACCAGUUGCGGGAACGACACCAGUCUCUGAAAAAGAAGUAUCGGGAGCUGAUUGAUGGGGAUCCAUCCCUUCCACCUGAAAAGAGGAAACAGGCAAAUCUUGCUCAACUACUGAGUGAGGCUCAAGAUCGAAAUAAACAUCUUGGAGAAGAGAUUAGAGAGCUUCAGCAGAGACUGGGAGAAGUACAAGGGGAUAAUAAGCUCCUUCGAAUGACAAUAGCAAAGCAAAGACUUGGAGAUGAUGAAGUUGGGGCUCGCCACUUUGCAGCACAUGAACGGGAGGACCUUGUUCAACAAUUGGAGAAGGCUCGAGAACAGAUCGAGAGUCUGAGAUAUGAUCUUCAGGCUGCACUGGAUGAGUUACAGGAUGUGAAAGAGGAACGUUCUUUUUACCAAGAUAAGUCUGACAGACUAAACCAAGAACUUAAUCAUGUCCUAGGAGGGCAUGAAAAUCGUAUCAUCGACAUAGAUGCUCUAUGUAUGGAGAACAGGUAUCUUCAAGAGAGAUUAAAACAACUUCAAGAGGAAAUCAACCUUCUUAAGUCUAAUAUUACUAAAUACAAGAAUGCACUAGAGAGACGAAAAAAUUCAAAGGCUCAUAGUAGAUCCAGUAGCAGUGCUCUGACUGGAGUUCUGUCUGCAAAGCAAGUCCAAGAGUUGUUGUCGGAGGAUCAUGGAUGUAGCCUACCAGCCACACCACAGUCCAUUUCAGAUCUCAAAUCACUGGCCACUGCAUUGCUGGAAACUAUCCAUGAAAAAAACAUGGUCAUACAACACCAAAGGCAAACCAACAAAAUUCUAGGUAAUCGAGUAGCUGAACUAGAAAAGAAAUUAAGAACUUUGGAAAUCGCUGGCUUGUGGAGUCUUCCAGGUGGAAAGGAUACCAUAACAUUCAGUGACCCAGCCUUGCCUGUUAUACAGCGGUCCAGAUCACAGUUGUUAGCAUUUACUGAUAAGCCACAGAAAACUGAAGUACAAGGUGAGCACCUGGAACAACAGAAGGGAGAACGUGACGAAACUUGUGCUGUUGCAAGUGAGUCCCUGGCUCCAGAGGGAACAAACUUAAAUAACAGAAACCAAAAUAAACAUUUUUAUCCUUCAUUACCCCAGCUACCUUCCGAGGAAGAAGAAAUAAACAAGCUCGGAAGUCAGAUAAUUAAACUGACAGAGCAGGCAGUUGCAGAAAUGGAAGGGAAAAGAGCAGACGCUUCCGCAGGGGAGCAGAACACGGUGGUUGGAGCAGAGCUUAAUGGUUCGUCUGAGGGAGAGUUCCCACCUUCCAGCCCUGACCCAUCCGACCCCACAGAUCCCUCAAACUCAGAGAAUGAACAAACAGCUGAAACUGAGGCCCUGAAAGACAACAACGAAACCUCAGAGAGCGAUUGUGAAAUUCCAGAUGAAAGAGGGGAUCGAAAUUGCAGCACCAUGGAUGUGAUGCAUACUGAGGACCCUGGAAGGUAUGGACGGCUCAGUGUUACAACUGAACACACAAAUAACAGCUUUGAGGAGCUCCCUGAAUCUGAAAACAAGAUCUGCUGA